GGCAGGCCUCCCUUAGGGCCAAGGCACUGUCUCCAAACUGACGUGGUAGUGACAGGGCCAGAGACUCAAGCAGCGGCUCCAGAGCCGCAGGGACUGCUCAGACCCCCUGCCCAGAGCUGGCAGCUUGGACCAUGAAGAAGCGUUACGUGGUGGCGGCCUUGCUAGCUGCAGCCCUGGUGCUCAUCAUCAUGGGCCUCUCCCUCUGGCUGCCCUACACCUCCAGGCCGCCCAGCCACGUGUACCCCAGGGCAGCCGUGGCCGCAGACGCCAAGCACUGCUCGGAGAUCGGGCGGGACAUGCUGCAGGAGGGCGGCUCGGCGGUAGACGCCGCCAUCGCGGCCCUGCUCUGCAUGGGGCUCAUGAACGCCCACAGCAUGGGCAUCGGGGGCGGCCUGUUCCUCACCAUCUACAACAGCACCACGCGGAAAGCGGAGGUCAUCAACGCCCGGGAGGUGGCCCCUGAGCGGGCCUCCACCAACAUGUUCAACAGCUCGGAGCAGUCGCGGGAAGGGGGGCUGUCGGUGGCAGUUCCUGGUGAGAUCCGUGGCUACGAGCUGGCACACCGGCGACACGGGCGGCUGCCCUGGGCUCGCCUCUUCCAGCCCAGCAUCCAGCUGGCCCGGCAGGGUUUCCCCGUGGGAAAGGGCUUGGCGGCAGCCCUGGAGAGGAGCCGCGCUGCCAUUGAGCGGCAGCCCGCCCUGUGCGAGGUGUUCUGCCGGGGCGGGAAGGUGCUGCGAGAGGGGGACAGAGUGACCAUGCCCCGUCUGGCUGACACGUAUGAGACGCUGGCCUCCGAGGGCGCCCAGGCUUUCUACAAUGGGAGUCUCACGGCCCAGAUUGUCAAGGACAUCCAGGCAGCCGGGGGCAUUGUGACUGCCAAGGACCUGAACAACUACCGCGCGGAGCUGAUCGAGCACCCCCUGAGCAUCAGCCUUGGGGACGCCCGGCUCUAUGUGCCCAGCGCCCCUCUCAGCGGGCCUGUGCUGGCCCUCAUCCUCAACAUCCUCCAGGGAUACAACUUCUCCCGGGCGAGCGUGGAGACACCCAAGGAGAAGGGCCUGACCUACCACCGCAUCGUGGAGGCCUUCCGGUUCGCUUACGCCAAGCGGACCCUGCUCGGGGACCCCAAGUUUGUCAAUGUGACUGAGGUGGUCCGAAACAUGAGCUCCGAGUUCUUUGCUGCCCAACUCCGGGGCCGGAUCUCCGAUGACACCACUCACCCAACCUCCUACUAUGAGCCUGAGUACUACACGCCAGAUGAUGGAGGCACCGCCCACCUGUCCGUGGUUGCAGAGGAUGGCAGCGCUGUGUCAGCCACCAGCACCAUCAACCUCUACUUCGGUUCCAAGGUGCUAUCGCAGGUCAGCGGGAUCCUGUUCAACGAUGAGAUGGACGACUUCAGUUCCCCGAACAUCACCAACCAGUUUGGGGUGUUCCCCUCACCGGCCAACUUCAUCAAGCCAGGGAAGCAGCCACUCUCGUCCAUGUGCCCAGCGAUUAUCGUGGACCGGGAUGGCCAGGUCCUCAUGGUGGUGGGCGCCUCUGGGGGCACACAGAUCACCACAGCCACUGCAUUGGCCAUUAUCAACAGCCUGUGGUUCGGCUAUGAUGCGAAGCGUGCGGUCGAGGAACCCCGGCUGCACAACCAGCUUCUGCCCAACACCACAACCCUGGAGAAAGACAUUGACCAGGCAGUGGCUACGGCCCUGAAGACCCGGCACCACCACACCCAGGUCAUAUCCACCUUCAUCGCUGUGGUGCAGGCCAUUGUCCGCACGGCUGACGGCUGGGCAGCCGCCUCGGACUCCAGGAAGGGCGGGGAGCCUGCUGGCUACUGAGUGUGCCACGCAGGCAAGGCCGACCGCAACCCAGUGACAAGAUACCUACACAGGACUGAGACUUUGGGGAAUGGGCUUCUCUUGUGAGCAGCAAA